CGGCGCGUGGCGGGGUUUACCCACCCGCAGCGUGACCGGAGCAUCCCCGCGGCGGGUGAUACGCAGAGCCUUCCUCCAGCGGGGAAAACCACGGACACCAAGCUCAUCGCUCCGGGAAUCUGGAGCCUUUCUAGUUCUCUGAGUAUUUCCAGGGAAAUGCCAAGUUUCUCGCUGUGGGGCCGGAUUCUCAGGGAGGAUUGAUUUCAUUCUUCUAUACUUCACAAAACAUCAAACACCUUGACACAAAGCUUGUGCUGCAGACGUGUUUGAGACUUUAGCUUGAAGAUGGCCUCGUGCCUUUAUGAGUGCCUUUGUGAGGCAGAACUUGAGAAAUACUAUCCCCAUUUUGCUGCUUUUGGCCUUCAGAAGAUCGACGAGCUUGCCAAGGUUUCCAUGAAGGAUUACACCAAACUGGGAGUCCACAACAUGAACGACCGCAAACGUCUGUUUCAGCUCAUUAGAAUAAUCAAAAUUAUGCAAGAGGAGGAAGAUAUCGCAGACUUAAACAAGCAAGAUUUCCAAACAAGUGGCCUUGUUGUUGAGCCUCAGGCGACCAGAUCUGGUCCCCGCAGACAGCUGCAUUUUGAGUCCUUCUUUGAGAAAAAUGCUGGAGCUGCUAAAGACUCUGAGCCUGAAUCCUAUGGGCCAUCUGAUUUCUGUACCAGUGACGAAAGGGACAGUCUAGUGGAAAUGCUGGGACACAUUCCACCACACGAUUCAGAGCUCCUUAGAAUAACUAGAAGAGACCUAAAUACUCCUGGAAUAUGCACAAAAAGUGAACUAGACCAGUCUACAGUAUCUGAUGAUAUUGCUCCUCUCUUGGGGGAUUCUGAAACCCCCAUAAUACAAAGAAUAACUCAUAUUUCAGGGUAUAAUUAUGGACUACCUCAUUCUUGUAUCAGAUCGAGCACCUCUGAGAAGGAAACUCCGUGGACAGAGAGUGAAAAAAUCCGAGUGUGUGUCCGAAAACGUCCCCUGGGCCUGAGAGAGGAGCGACGUGGGGAGGUCAACAUCAUCACAGUGAAAAAUAAAGAAACUCUACUCCUUCAUGAGAAGAAGGAGGCAGUUGAUCUCACACAAUAUAUUUUACAGCAUGUUUUUUAUUUUGAUGAAGUCUUUGGGGAGUCCUGUACCAAUCAGGAUGUGUAUAUGAAGACAGCUCAUCCUCUCAUUCAGCAUAUUUUCAACGGAGGCAAUGCAACCUGCUUUGCAUACGGACAGACUGGUGCUGGCAAGACCUACACUAUGAUAGGUACUCACCGGAACCCAGGCCUCUACGCCUUGGCUGCCAAGGACAUCUUCAGGCAGCUGGAAGCUCCACAGUCAAGGAAGGACCUCCUUGUCUUAAUCAGUUUUUAUGAGAUCUACUGUGGACAGCUAUAUGACCUGCUAAAUGGAAGGAAGAGACUUUUUGCAAGAGAAGACAGCAAGCAUGUYGUCCAGAUAGUCGGGCUGCGAGAGGUCCAGGUGGACUCUGUAGACCUGCUGUUAGAGGUGAUUUUGAAGGGAGGGAAGGAACGUAGCACAGGAGCCACUGGAGUAAACUCUGAUUCCUCUCGAUCUCAUGCUAUCAUCCAGAUCCAAAUUAAAGACCCAGCCAACAGGACCUUUGGAAGGAUAUCCUUCAUUGAUUUGGCUGGCAGUGAAAGGGCAGCUGAUGCUAGAGACUCAGAUCGACAAACAAAAAUGGAAGGAGCAGAAAUAAACCAAAGCCUUUUAGCACUCAAGGAAUGCAUCCGGGCGCUGGAUCAGGAACAUGCCCACACGCCGUUCCGGCAGAGCAAACUAACUCAGGUCUUAAAGGAUUCUUUCAUUGGCAAUUCCAAAACAUGUAUGAUAGCCAAUGUAUCACCUAGCCACAUAGCUACAGAGCACACCCUGAACACUCUGCGGUAUGCUGACAGGGUUAAAGAGCUGAAGAAAGGGAUCAAGUGUUCCACCCCUGUCACCAGCAGACGUCGGGUGGCUGGAAGUGCAUCRCCAAAACGCAUCCAAAACGCUCCCUCUUUGCCCCCUGGGGAAAAGAGCUCUCCAAAGAAAGUGAAGCUGGGCCUCCAGCAUCCUCCAGGUGCCAUGAGAACGAAGCCGUGUCCUUCAGCACUCCAGCCACCCGCUGUCCCUUUCACCUCCACCCCCAGGGCUGUCAACAAGGGACAUGGCUGCAGAGCAAGCCCCAGCUCCCCGUGGUUCCACCACGCCAGCCCAGUGAAGGGAGUCCUGCGUGUGGGGCAGCCCCUGAGGAAGAAGUUGGAUGAUCUGUCUCCCCACUCUGAGAAGAACCACGUUGCAAAGGAUUUGAUCAUCAAAAAUACUGCCCUGACCGAGGCAAAAGAGAGUGGCCAAAGGGACAAGAACCUGCAAGAGAAAUCCCCUGGGCAAUCCCUGAAAGUCCAGACAGUGCAACCUGUGCAGAAGCAGCUCGCUUCUAGAGAAGAUUUUUCCUAUGGGGAUGGAAAUCAGCCUUCUGAUGGCAGUCAGGAGUGGGGAAAUGCCUUUGCCAAAAGGUGUGUGGAAAGCUGGACAAGCCUUUCUCCCUUCCAGAAGGAAAGGGAGGAGCAUUUACGCCUUUAUCACCAGCAGUUUCAGCAGCCACCUAUUCUACAGCAAAAACUGACCUACCAGCCUCUUGAGAGGUUUUUAACUCAGUACAAGCCCCAGGAGAUUCAAGUGCUGCAGGAGCUGAACUUUACCCCCACGGAAGCCCAGAGCAAAGAGGGGAUGCAGCUGGAAGAGCUGGAUGACAGCGACUUCAGUGAAGACUCUUUCUCACCUGUCUGCAGUCAAAAGGGCACAAAAAGAAGAAGCCCCAGUGAGUGCAGCCAACAUUCAUUUUUCCUUCAUCAAAGAGAACAAGGAACUGAGGAAGCGCAGAAAGACCAAAAGAAGCAGGAUUUGUUAUUUAAAUAUUCAUUUCCCAUGCAAGAGCAUGAGCUAGAUGACAGCUGGGAUUGUAGCAGAGGCUUCACAAAGGCAGAAGAAUCUAUUAAAAAUACAGGUGUAUGCAAAACUCCAUCAGAUUGGAGCUUUGACCUAACUCUUGAGUCCUCUCCGAGCAAUACUGCAGAAAAACCUCUCUGCUUGCAAGAUGAUCUUGCUUGUAGCUGCAGAAACACCAAAGAUUUCCCAGGUGAUCUGAAACAGCACAAACCCAACCCCAAAUAUCUCCUUUAUUCCCAUGAAACUCCCUUGACUCCAGAAAAGGAGGCUCCAAACCCAUGUGUUUCUCCCCUAUCGAAAUCAGGGACUCCAGAGCACCGAGAGAUCAACCUCCUACAUAAGCAGAAGGAAGAACCCACCUUGGAGAGACAGGCUGCUCUUGCAGGAGACAUGAAAUGGAGAACUCGCAAAAACGGGGCUGGCCAAUGUGGAGCUGCCAGCACUUGCUCAGAGUCGACUUCUGAGGCAGCAGCUCCUCUCACAAUGUCCCCUCUUGACCAUGAGGAAGCAACCGAGACCGAGAGCGGCUCUUCCAGCCGAGAGAAGUCUCCCCACGAGAAGCAGGCGGUGGAGAGGAGCAUCCGUGGUGCCCGGCGGAGAGCCGAGGAGCAGGCCUGGCAGUGCACCAGAAGCAGGGCUCUCACAGACAGCAUGUUGGAGCUCGGGGAGCUAACGCGCCGUGCUGCCAGGAGCUGCGGCUCGCAGCGUUGUCCACCAGCAGGGGACAAGUGGGUUUCACCCGCGGGCUGCCGUGUGAGGCCCUGCUGCUGCCUUCUGGCCUCGGGGUCRUCAAAUGAAGGAGCUCUGCACAGUUUGUUUGUUGGGAGUGAAGCCGUAGCGGCAGCACCGGCAGCUGAAUGCAGGGACCCCCCAGCAGAGCGGGAGGGCGGCUUCCUGCUCCGCAGCGCGGCCUGCAAAGGACACGCAGAUAGGAGACAGUGCCAUGCUGAGGUUAGAGACAUUGCUGAUAAUCUGGGAGAAUCCAAUCCAGAUGAAGGGCACGGCGGUGAACCCGUGGCUCAGGAAAUCCAUGCRGAUAUUCCUGAAGGGGGAUAUUUUCCAGGUACGCCGGGCUUUCCCAGCGGGAGAGAUACGGAUUGCGCAGCCCAGCCACGCUCGGAAGAAGGCAUCCGGCUGCUGCAGCCCAGGCCAGGGCAGGGGAACCUGGAUGUGGGUCCUUCUGAAGACACAGCCAGGUCUUCUCUCAGGAGCGAGGAAAUGGGGCUGCUUAAGGACAAGUGGAUGCAGAGUAUUUUUACAAAAGAGACUUUAACAGAUUCAGAAUCAGCUGCCAAAGAGAUUAAGCCACCAGCAAAUGCAAACAGCCCCUCAGGUCUGCCCAGCAUCAUCUCCCCCAGCGCUGCACCAGAGAUGGGGAAGCAGCAGAGGGAAGCCCUGGAAAAGGCCCAACAGGCUGUGAUUCGAGCCCAUCGGCAGCAGCUGGAUGAAAUGGCAGCCUUGUGCUCGAAGGAGGAGUGCCUGAUAAAUCAGGUGGCAGCAAUGGACUUCCAGAGCUUCGUGGCCAAGCUGGAGGAAAUCCUGGUGCUGAAGUCCGAGUGCAUCCAGACGAUGCGGGCRCAGCUGAAGCUCUGCUCGGCUGCGGGCGCCCAGGCCGCCGCGCCGCCACCGCCACCACCCSCCGUUUAG